AUGAGUGUAAACCGGCGCAAACACGGAUCUAAUCUCAGAUUGGUGUUGUUAGUUCUUUGGUUGGUUUGUUAUGUUGGUUAUUGUCAGUUUGAGAACACAAAUGACUUCGACAAUCCCCUCGUUACACAGAUGAUCUACCGUAGGCUGUUUAUUAGCACUGCUGCUCUUAAUCAAGAGCUCGCUACUAAAGCAAAGUUUUGCGUCAAAGACCAGGAUGCUGAUUGGAAAAAAUCUUUUAGUUUCUCCAACUUGGAUUUCCUGUCUUCUUGCAAUAACAAAACCAAAGGUAAUAUGAUUAAGAGUAUCUGCACAGCAGCAGAGAUGAGGUUCUACUUAAAUGGUUUCCUCUCUAAAACGGAUAAUAAACAGGAGUACUUGCAACCGAAUGAGAAUUGCAACUUGACAUCAUGGGUCUCUGGUUGUGAGCCUGGCUGGUCCUGCAGCGUGGAUCAUCUAACCGAACAAGAAGUUGAUCUGCAAUCGAAAAAAGACUUUCCACAAAGAACAAGAAACGGUAUGCCUUGCUGCGAGGGCUUCUUCUGCCCCAGGGGACUCACUUGUAUGAUACCUUGCCCUCUUGGUUCUCAUUGCCCCUUAGCUACCCUUAAUACGACAACAGGCGUAUGCGAACCGUAUACUUAUCAGGUACCACCAGGACAACCAAACCACACUUGUGGAGGUGCAGAUGUAUGGGCUGAUGUCAGUAGCAACGACGAAGUAUUCUGUUCCGCGGGAUAUUAUUGUCCAACCACCACUCGGAAAGUACCUUGUGGUAAAGGGCACUACUGUCGCUUGGGGUCUACAUCUGAGAAACCUUGCUAUAAGUUGACUUCUUGCAAUGCCGGAAAUCAGAACAUGCAUGCACUUGGGAUUAUGGUUAUUUGUGGUGUGGUUAUAAUUCUACUCAUUAUAUACAACUGUUCUGAUCAAAUCUUAACAACGAGGGAGAGGAGGCAGGCGAAGUCAAGGGAAGCAGCUGUGAAAAAAGCAAAAGCCAACCAGAGAUGGAAAGUUGCUAGAACUGCUGCUAAAAAGCAUGUAACUGAGACCAAUGAUGGGGAAACUCACAAGAUGUUGGAACGUGGGUACUCUUCUGAGGUGGACUCGUCUUCAAGUCCUGCGAGUUUCUCAGCUGCUGUGCAACCUAGCUUUGAAAUAGAGGAUGAUGCAGCUGCCGGAAGUAACGAAAGACCAAGUGGUAAGAGAGGUAAAGGACAUAGAAUCAAGAAUUCACAGACCCAAAUCUUGAGGUAUGCGUAUAAUCAGAUCGAGAAGGAGAAAGCCAUGGAGCUAGAGAAUAGAGACCCUACCUUUUCAGGAAUAGUCAACAUGGCUACUUACUCUGAGAUGAAGAAGAGGACCCUCAUGGAGCUUUCUUUCCAAGAUUUAACUCUCACCUUGAAAUCCAAUGGUAAGCAUCUGUUGAGAUGUGUGACGGGAACCAUGAAGCCAGGUCGAAUCACGGCUGUGAUGGGUCCAUCAGGAGCAGGGAAGACAAGUCUUCUCUCUGCAUUGGCUGGUAAAGCCGUUGGAUGCAACUUGAGUGGUUUGAUUCUUAUAAACGGAAAACAAUUAUCAAUCCACUCAUAUAAGAAGAUUAUUGGCUUUGUGCCACAAGAUGACAUUGUCCAUGGAAACUUGACUGUUGAGGAAAACAUUUGGUUCCAUGCUAAAUGCAGAUUACCUGCGGAACAAUCAAAAGCUGACAAAGUUCUUGUGGUUGAGAGAAGAGUCAUUGACUCUUUGGGGCUACAAGCUGUGAGGAGUUCUUUAGUUGGUACUGUAGAGAAGAGGGGAAUCUCAGGAGGGCAGAGGAAACGAGUGAAUGUUGGUUUGGAAAUGGCAAUGGAGCCUUCAAUCUUGUUCUUGGACGAGCCUACUUCUGGCUUGGAUAGUGCUUCUUCUCAGCUUCUUCUUAAAGCACUAAAGCAUGAAGCCCUUGAGGGAGUCAAUAUCUGCAUGGUUGUUCACCAGCCAAGUUAUUCUCUGUUCAAAACGUUCAAUGAUCUAGUACUUCUAGCGAAAGGCGGCCUUACUGUUUACCACGGACCAGUCGAGAACGUGGAGGAAUACUUCUCGCGUCUUGGAAUAAUUGUACCAGAACGUAUCAACCCUCCUGACUACUACAUAGACGUUUUGGAAGGAGUUGUGACUGAUAUAAACUCUGAUGUUGGCAUCAAAGAGCUUCCUCAAAGGUGGAUGCUUCACAGAGGGUACUCGGUUCCAUUAGAUAUGCGGAAUAACGACAACAGUGCUGUUGAGGGACCGACAUUUGUCAGAGAGCUGUUGGGAGAUGUAACGAGUAACUUCAGGUUGCGUGGUGAAAAAAUAAGGCAUAAUUUCUUGAAGACCAGAGAUUUGUCCUACAGAAGAACCCCUUCUAUGUGGCUGCAAUACAAAUAUUUCCUUGGAAGGAUUGCUAAGCAGAGAAUGAGAGAAGCUAAGUUACAAGCCACAGAUUACUUGAUCUUAUUGCUAGCUGGAGCUUGUUUAGGAUCACUGAUCAAAAAAAGUGAUGAGAACUUUGGAUCACCUGGUUAUGUCUACAGUAUUAUCGCCGUUUCUCUUCUGUGCAAAAUAGCAGCAUUAAGAUCAUUCUCACUAGACAAGUUACAUUACUGGAGAGAGAGUGCGGCGGGGAUGAGUAGCUUGGCUUGUUUCCUCGCCAAAGACACAAUAGACUGUUUCAACACACUUGUCAAGCCAUUGGUUUAUCUCUCCAUGUUUUACUUCUUCACUAACCCGAGAUCGACGUUUUUGGAUAACUAUAUCGUCUUGGUAUGCCUGGUAUAUUGUGUGACUGGUAUAGCUUAUGCGUUGGCUAUCUUCCUCCAGCCUGGCUCCGCUCAGCUGUUUUCUGUUCUUCUUCCAGUAGUUUUAACACUUGUUGCAACUCAACCAAAGGAUAGUGAAGCUAUGAAGAUCAUAGCUGAUUUGUGUUAUCCAAAGUGGGCUUUGCAAGCAUUUGUUAUUGGAAAUGCGGAAAAGUACUCUGGAGUAUGGAUGAUCACUCGGUGUGGAGCACUUAUGAAGAGUGGAUACGACAUUAAUAAGUGGAAUCUAUGUAUAAUGAUAUUGCUUCUCAUUGGUGUGGCCACUCGUAAGAUCGCCUUUGUUGGGAUGGUUAUACUUCAAAAGAGGUGA